UAUAGUAUUUCUGUCCUUGCUAACCUCGAUCCCGCCCCAACCAGGCAUGGUCCCGUCCCUCUGGCACCGCCCACCCGCCAGACCAAGCCACGCCCCCACUCGCCAGGCCCCGCCCCUCCUCGGAGGCCCCGCCUCUAGGUCGGCCUGUUUUCCCAGUCCCGGCACCCGCCGCGACCGCAAAGGCGGCCACGGUUCUAGGAACUUGACGUGAUGGGGCUUCCUGAGGAGCGGGGCCGGAGCGGCAGCGGCAGCCGGGGCCAGGAGGAAGCGGGAGCCGGAGGCCGGGCGCGGAGUUGGUCUCCGCCGCCCGAGGUCAGCCGCUCCGCGCACGUCCCCUCGCUGCAGCGCUACCGCGAGCUGCACCGGCGCUCCGUGGAGGAGCCGCGGGAAUUCUGGGGAGACAUUGCCAAGGAAUUUUACUGGAAGACUCUAUGCCCUGGCCCAUUCCUUCGGUACAACUUUGAUGUGACUAAAGGGAAAAUCUUCAUUGAGUGGAUGAAAGGAGCAAGUACCAACAUCUGCUACAAUGUACUGGAUCGAAAUGUCCAUGAGAAAAAGCUUGGAGAUAAAGUUGCUUUUUACUGUUCCACUUCUGGUAAUUCAUCCUACAGAUAUACUUGCAAGGAGGGCAAUGAGCCAGGGGAGACCACUCAGAUCACAUACCAUGAGCUUCUGGUCCAAGUGUGUCAGUUCAGCAAUGUUCUCCGAAAACAGGGCAUUCAGAAGGGUGACCGAGUGGCUAUCUACAUGCCUAUGAUCCCAGAGCUUGUGGUGGCCAUGCUGGCAUGUGCCCGCAUUGGGGCUUUGCACUCCAUUGUGUUUGCAGGCUUCUCUUCAGAGUCUCUAUGUGAACGGAUCCUGGAUUCCAGCUGCAGUCUUCUCAUCACUACAGAUGCCUUCUACAGGGGAGAAAAGCUUGUGAACCUGAAGGAGCUGGCUGACGAGGCCCUGCAGAAGUGUCAGGAGAAGGGUUUCCCAGUAAGAUGCUGCAUUGUGGUCAAGCACCUGGGGCGGGCAGAGCUGGGCAUGGGUGACUCCCCCAGCCAGUCCCCCCCAAUUAAGAGGUCAUGCCCGGAUGUGCAGGGUAAGCUGAAAGAGAAAUCCAAGCGUGUUCAGCCCCAGAUCUCAUGGAACCAAGGGAUUGACUUGUGGUGGCAUGAGCUCAUGCAAGAGGCAGGGGAUGAGUGUGAGCCCGAGUGGUGUGAUGCCGAGGAUCCACUCUUCAUCCUGUACACCAGUGGCUCCACAGGCAAACCCAAGGGUGUGGUUCACACAGUUGGGGGCUACAUGCUCUAUGUAGCCACAACCUUCAAGUAUGUGUUUGACUUCCACGCGGAGGAUGUGUUCUGGUGCACGGCAGACAUCGGUUGGAUCACUGGCCAUUCCUAUGUCACCUAUGGGCCACUGGCCAAUGGUGCCACCAGUGUUUUGUUUGAGGGGAUUCCCACAUAUCCGGACGUGAACCGCCUGUGGAGCAUUGUGGACAAAUACAAGGUGACCAAGUUCUACACAGCACCCACAGCCAUCCGUCUGCUCAUGAAGUUUGGAGAUGAGCCUGUCACCAAGCAUAGCCGGGCAUCCUUGCAGGUGUUAGGCACAGUGGGUGAACCCAUCAACCCUGAGGCCUGGCUGUGGUACCACCAGGUGGUAGGUGCCCAGCGCUGCCCCAUCGUGGACACCUUCUGGCAAACAGAGACAGGUGGCCACAUGUUGACUCCCCUUCCUGGUGCCACACCCAUGAAACCUGGUUCUGCUACUUUCCCAUUCUUUGGUGUAGCUCCUGCAAUCCUGAAUGAGUCUGGGGAAGAGUUGGAAGGUGAAGCUGAAGGUUAUCUGGUGUUUAAGCAGCCCUGGCCAGGGAUCAUGCGCACAGUCUAUGGGAACCACGAACGCUUUGAGACAACCUACUUUAAGAAGUUCCCUGGAUACUAUGUUACAGGAGAUGGCUGCCGGCGGGACCAGGAUGGCUAUUACUGGAUCACUGGCAGGAUUGAUGACAUGCUCAAUGUAUCUGGACACCUGCUGAGUACAGCGGAGGUGGAGUCAGCACUUGUGGAACAUGAGGCUGUUGCAGAGGCAGCUGUGGUGGGCCACCCUCAUCCUGUGAAGGGUGAAUGCCUCUACUGCUUUGUCACCUUGUGUGAUGGCCACACCUUCAGCCCCAAGCUCACCGAGGAGCUCAAGAAGCAGAUUAGAGAAAAGAUUGGCCCCAUUGCCACACCAGACUACAUCCAGAAUGCACCUGGCUUGCCUAAAACCCGCUCAGGGAAAAUCAUGAGGCGAGUGCUUCGGAAGAUUGCUCAGAAUGACUAUGACCUGGGAGACACGUCCACUGUGGCUGACCCAUCUGUCAUCAGUCACCUCUUCAGCCACCGCUGCCUGACCAUCCAGUGAACAUGAUCCUGACCUUUACCCAGGAUUCCCCCUGCUCCAAACUUUGCCCAUCCUCUUUGCCCCCUCAGGAGUGCUGAGGGCCAGCGCUGACCCACACUACCCUCCCUAGACCAGCUGUCUGGGACCAGAAACCAGCUUUGUCUCCGGGUGGAGACAACUUCCUGUGACUGCCAGGCAGAAGGGACAGGGCCCAGGUCAGCCUCGUCUGCUGUGCCCCCAGACUGCAGAGCUCUCAGAACCCAGGGAUGAAAAGGCUACCUCUCCUACCCAAGUUAAGUGUUCAGAGAGGAUGUGAGGGCCUCCACUGAAGCAGGGAGGCAGCUGUGUAAUCCUAUGUCAGCUCUCUUAGGAAGCACCAGUACUUAUAUUGGGCAUGCACUUGCCCUUAAAAACAAUAGUCUGUGAGUCCAUAUUUUGCUGCUUCUGUUCUGGGUCUGAAUUCCCUUUUGUGCCAGAUGCCAGUACUGUCCGCCCAUUGGCUUCAGGGGCUGUGUGGGCAGAUUCAGUAUCCAGAGGGCAUUCAGAUCAUUUGCUUUUUUGAAGGAGUAAAUGUGUUUUGUUCCUAGGGCCAGAGGAGCUUGUCUUCCUUGUCCUCUGUUCCCACCCUCCCCUGAACAGAACCCAGCCCAUGAGAGACAUUCUCAGAUGAAACUGUUUUCUUGCCUCAGUCAGGCUCAAGCCCUGUGGUUGUAGGAAUAAAGCCUGUGAUCUCAAGAA